GCUCUGUCAGCUCUCUCUAUGUAGCUGCUCUCUCUUUCUCUCUGUCUCUCUGUCUCUCUCUCACUGUCUUUCUGAUGGGUAACCAUCUGGUGGGGGCUUCCCCCACGCUCCUGCACACUCUGGGGGUCUGAAGCUGUUUUCUCGGGCGCACACGGUGUGAGUUUCUCUCUUCAUGGAGCUGAGCCCCACUGGUUCAACCUCCGCAGCCAAAGUGUGUUGCGCCCCCUGGCCCAGCCCCUCUUUGGGACGGCCGUAACCAUGGAAGAGGCCUUGUCCGGGCCACCGGACUCCAGCAGCACCCUGGAUGAGUCUCCCCCAUUCGUGGCGGUGAAGGAUGCAAAGAUUCUCCUGGAAUGGAGUGAAGGCUCUGGCGGUCCCCUCAAAGACGACGACUCCCUGCUAAACCCUGGAACCCACAGUUGCACCCUUGAUGAGCCCAGCUCUCUGGAUCUUGCCUCAGAGGCAGGGAAGAGUAAGUCUAGUGGCCUGUGCUUUAGCGACGGUAAGUGCCGAAUCGACUAUGUGCUGGUGUACAAGAAGUCCAGUCCACAGCUGGAGAAGAGGGAAGUCUUUGAGAGGAACAUCCGUGCCGAGGGGUUGCAGAUGGAGAAGGAGUCUUCCAUCACCAAUGGCGAUGUGAUCUUUGUGAAGCUGCACGCUCCUUGGGAAGUCCUGUGUCGCUAUGCGGAGAUCAUGAACAUCCGAAUGCCCUUCAGGAGGAAAUUCUAUUACUUGCACCGGCGCCACAGGUUCAUGACUAGACUGGAGAAGAAGAUGAGCAAGUUUCGUGGAUGGCUACCCCGAAAACUCAUGAAGUUUGACGACACCAUCCCAGACCUGGAGGAAAACGAGAGCUUCACUGCCCCCUUCAGCCGACAGCGGAUACACCAUUUCAUCAUCCACAACAAAGACACAUUUUUCAGCAACGCCACAAGGACACGGAUCGUGCACCACAUCCUCCAAAGAGUCAAAUAUGAAGAGGGCAAAAAUAAAAUAGGCUUAAACCGACUUCUGGGCAAUAACUCCUAUGAGGGUGCUUUCCCCCUGCAUGAGGGGAGUUACAGGAGCAAGAACUCCAUCCGCACUCAUGGAGCUGAGAACCAGCGCCAUCUGCUGUACGAAUGCUGGGCUUGGUGGGGCGUAUGGUACAAGUACCAACCAUUGGACCUCAUUAGACGAUACUUCGGGGAGAAGAUUGGCCUCUACUUUGCCUGGCUAGGCUGGUACACAGGGAUGCUGUUCCCGGCUGCUAUUGUAGGGCUCAUGGUCUUUCUCUAUGGGGUGUUUACCUUGGAGCACUGCCAGGUUAGUAAAGAGGUCUGCCAGGCCAAUGACAUCAUCAUGUGUCCCCUCUGUGACCACUACUGCCCAUACAUGAGACUCUCAGAUAGCUGCAUAUAUGCCAAGGUCACCCAUCUUUUCGAUAACGGAGCAACUGUUUUCUUUGCCGUAUUCAUGGCAGUUUGGGCAACUGUGUUUCUAGAGUUCUGGAAGAGGAGACGUGCAGUACUGGCCUACGAUUGGGACCUAGUAGACUGGGAGGAGGAUGAGGAAGAUAUCCGGCCUCAGUUUGAGGCCAAGUAUUCUAAGAAGGAGCGUAUGAACCCGAUAUCAGGGAAACCUGAGCCAUACCAGGCGUUUACUGACAAAUACAGCAGACUCAUUGUGUCAGCAUCAGGAAUAUUUUUCAUGAUUUUGGUGGUGAUCGCCGCCGUCUUCGGCAUAGUGAUUUAUCGCGUGGUGACGGUUAGCACGUUUGCAGCCUUCGACUGGGCCCUCAUCAGGAAUAACUCUCAGGUGGCCACCACCGGAACGGCAGUGUGCAUCAACUUCUGCAUCAUCAUGCUUCUGAACGUGCUGUAUGAAAAAGUUGCACUUCUGCUUACCAACUUAGAGCAGCCAAGAACAGAAUCAGAAUGGGAGAACAGUUUCACCUUGAAGAUGUUUCUCUUCCAGUUUGUCAAUCUUAACAGCUCUACAUUUUACAUUGCAUUUUUCCUGGGAAGGUUCACUGGUCGUCCAGGUGCCUACAUUCGCCUCAUCAAUCGCUGGAAGCUGGAGGAGUGCCAUCCCAGUGGCUGUCUUAUAGACCUGUUCAUGCAGAUGGGAAUCAUUAUGGUGCUCAAGCAAACUUGGAACAACUUCAUGGAGCUGGGAUAUCCACUGAUCGUGAAUUGGUGGACGCGGAGACGCCUCAGGAGGGAAUUUGGCAAGAAGGCCAUGGAUGCCUUUCCACAAUGGGAGAAGGACUACAAUCUCCAGCCUAUGAACACCUAUGGCCUGUUUGAGGAGUACUUGGAGAUGAUUUUGCAGUUUGGCUUCACCACCAUUUUUGUGGCGGCCUUCCCUCUGGCCCCUCUGCUUGCCCUCCUGAACAACAUCAUUGAGAUCCGUCUGGAUGCAUUCAAGUUUGUCACACAGUGGCGCCGACCUUUGCCCUCCCAAGACAAAGACAUUGGAAUCUGGUACGGCAUUCUGGAGGGUAUUGGCAUCCUCUCUGUCAUCAGCAAUGCCUUUGUCAUUGCCAUUACCUCAGACUUCAUCCCACGGCUGGUUUAUGCCUACAAAUAUGGCCCUUGUGCAGGGCAGGGCCGUGCCGGUGAGAGGUGUAUGAUGGGCUAUGUCAAUGCCAGUCUCUCAAUAUUCCAGGUGUCAGAUUUUGAGAGCAAGUCCCAGCCACGAACAAACGGAUCAGAACUGUUUGGGGAACCUGUGAGGUAUUGCAGAUACCGUGACUACAGAGAGGACCACAACUCUGAAGAGCCAUAUUCCUACACACUACAGUUCUGGCAUGUCUUGGCUGCUCGUCUGGCUUUUAUCAUUGUUUUUGAGCACAUGGUUUUCACCAUCAAGAACCUCAUUGCUUACCUGAUCCCAGGCCUGCCAAAAAACUUGCGGGACCGCAUGCGCAGGGAGAAGUAUCUGAUCCAGGAGAUCAUGUAUGAGGCCGAGCUGGAGAGGCUACAAAAGGAGAAAAAUGAGAAGAAGAAGAAUGAUAGAGUUCACCACAAUGAAUGGCCAUGAGUAUGUGCAAAAAAGGGUGUAAUCAGCCAUCUUGUGAUGACGGAAAUAGGUGUUAUCAGCCAUCUUGUGAUGACUGACAGGUAAAGGUGGAUCAGGGAUCUUUGUAUGAUGAAUGACCCGGAAAUCACUCUCCUGUAUACUUUAAUGCUAAAAUACUGGAUGAUGAUGAUGAUAUUUGCUUGGUUUCCAUAAUUCAAAUCUUAAGACGUUCAUGUUUAACUGUACUUUUCGUUUAAUUGUUUGUUUUGUAAUACAUUGCUUUGUUGCCAUCCCAUUGCAUGUGGCCAUCACAAGGGAUGGCCGAGGACAUAAACUGAACUCGACAAUAAGGGCCAGAAGCACCAGGCAGUGGAUUUAGUAAUGACUCCAACAAAGGUGUCCCUUUUCUCUGGUGUGUUACUGACAUGUCGAUGGUGGAACAGUGUCCUGAAAUGUAUACCUGCUUCACCAUGACGUUGCACAGUCUUUCCUCUUUUGGGACAUGCCAGUAUUUUUUUCAGACAAUGAAUGUACAUAUAUGAGGAGGAAUUACUAUCUUGUUACAAAAGAAAAUGUUCUCUCUUCCAUUGUAAGUUGAGUAACAGAUUGUUUACAAUUUUCUCUUGUAUCUAUUCCUCGAGAAUAUAGGAUAAAAUGCUUUCAAAUGGAGAACUAUGUAAGUGAAUGUAUAUAGUAGAAAGACAAAUCCACUAGUAACCACAUCUACAGUGCUUUGCUGAUUUAGUUUAAGAAAAGCUCUUAUAACUAGUUUCCACAUAGCAACUUCAGAUAAACUGUUGAUAUAGGAGAUAAACAGUACAAUAAAGCUUUAUUGCAAGCAUUUUGUCUGUCUCUUUCGAGGCAAUCUUUAAGCUGAUUUUUGAGUCAUGCAAAGUCAGUCAUUGAUGCACAAGGUCCAAUCAGCUUUGUUGUUUGUCAAUUUGCUUCUAGUACUGUCAUACCUGUCAACAUGGAGGCAGAAUACAUACUAUAAGAGAAAAAAAAGAAUGUGGUGAUAAGCAUCGUAGCACAAUACACCUGCUGUGAGGGGGCUGUUUUGUUUGUGUGAAGUAUGUAGGUCAUCUGAAUAAAAAAGACUAAAGGAGA